AAGAUGCAUUAUUUUUUGGAAUAGAACAAAGUAAAACUGUUUUUUUACCAGGAUUAUUUUUAAUCGUUAAAUAUGGUAUUGCCUUAUUUGGAUACGAUACCUAUAUGGAUAAUUUACAAAAUCUCAGAUUAACUGGUGGUGCUGCAUUACAACAACUUAUCGAUACUAUAAAAGCAAAUAACCCUGUUCCUUCUCAACCUCCUAAUGAAUCUGUUCCAACACCCACACCAACUGAAAUAAUAAUUUAA